AUGGAUACUGCAGCAGGUCCAAGUCUCUAUCCAUUGCAUCAGAGCAAAACUAUUCACCUGGUUAGGCAUGCCCAAGGGGUUCAUAAUGUAGAAGGAGAAAAGAACCAUGAUGCUUACUUAUCUUAUGAUUAUUUUGAUGCAAACCUAACCCCUCUUGGAUGGAAGCAGGUUGAAAAUCUGCAAAAGCAUGUGAAGGAUAAUGAACUUCCCAGAAAAAUUGAACUAGUUGUGGUUUCCCCAUUGUUAAGGACAAUGCAAACAGCUGUUGGAGUCUUUGGUGGGGAAGCAUACACUGAUGGAAUUAAUGAACCUCCUCUGAUGAUUGAAAAUGUGGGACACAGUGAUCAUCCUGCUGUUUCUUCUCUGAACUGCCCACCAUUUAUUGCAGUAGAGCUUUGCCGGGAGCAAAUGGGACUCCAUCCUUGUGAUAAGAGAAGAACUGUCACCGAGUACCAACACAUGUUUCCCGGAAUUGAUUUUUCAUUGAUUGAAACCGACGAGGACACUUGGUGGAAACCUGAAAGAGAGAAGAAAGAAGAAGUUACUGGUAGAGGACUCAAGUUUUUGGAAUGGUUGUGCACACUUAAAGAGAAGGAGAUAGCUGUUGUUACCCAUAGCAGUUUUCUGUUUAAUACCCUCAGUGCUUUUGGAAAUGACUGUCACCCAAAUAUUAAGACUGAAAUGUGCAAACGCUUUGCUAAUUGUGAACUACGCUCCAUGGUUAUUGUAGAUAAAGGUAUGAUUGGAUCUAAUAAUUCAACCACCAACUAUCCUGGCAAAAUUCCUCAUGGUCUGGAUCUUCCUAGUGAUGCUACUGACUAA